AUCUCCCACCCCAGCCAUGCCAUGUAUCUGUACACUGUAAAUGGCUCGAUUGUAAACAUGUAUUGUCUUUCCACUGACAGGAUGGCACGCAACAAAAGCUUUUCACUGUACCUCAGACAAUAAACUAAACUAAUAACUGAAGCCAUUUAUGUUCAUUUAGUCAUAGAGUCUUCGAGUGUAAACAGGACCUUCGACCUAACUUGCCCACGCCGACCAACAUGCCCCAUCUACACUAGACCCACCUGGAUGUGUUUGGCCCAUAUCCCUCAAAAUCUGUCCUAUCCAUGUACCUUUCUAAAUGUUUCCUAAACGUUGCAUCAACUGCCAGCAGGGCGUUCCAUACACGCACUACCCGUUGCAGUCGGUCAAGUUCCUACCAAAUAUUUCCCCCCUCACCUUACACCUAUGUCAUCUGGUCCUCGAUUCCCCUACACUGGGCGCGAGACUCUGGGUAUCUACCCGCUAUAUUCCUCUUCAUUUAAUUUUUUUUAAAUGCCAAUCCUGCCAUUAGCCAUUUGUAAGCCAGCAAAAUGACUUUGAUUUUUGACCGCGUGAUAUCCGCUUACACCCAUAAAAAUGCAACACAGUGAAAUGUUUCAAUUUUCCUGUUUCUGAUAAACUGUGGCUUCACGGCACUGAACUCAAAUUUGGAUUGUCUGAAGAAAGGACUGAGUCUAAACGUCACCUAUCCAUGUUCUCCGCAGAUGCUGCCAGACCCGCUGAGUUACUCCAGCACUCUGUGAAACGUCACCUAUCCAUGUUCUCCACAGAUGCUGCCUGACCCGCUGAGUUACUCCAGCACUCUGUGAAACGUCACCUAUCCAUGUCCUCCAGAGAAGAACUACAUUGGCGACUGCUUUGGUGCUACCUCCUGCACCCACACACAACUCACUGGCUUCAUCCAUUUCACCACUAACUUCCAUCCGGCACUCAAAUACACCUGGACCAUUUCCGACUUUUCCCUACCAUUUCUUGACCUCACUAUCUCCAUCGCAGCCCAGCCGACUAUUCUGAGGGAAGCUAACAGACUCCGGACGCAUGAUGUCUACAGGAGACCUCUAUCAAGACGCUGACUGUGUGUGUUCCAGUGGAAUGAAGAUUACCUGGGAUAUUAAUGACCCCAAGCUGCCCCAGGAUGUGAAGCUGUUUGAUGGGUUCCAGGAGUGGACAGACGGCUACGUGAGGUACAUUUACCUGGCCGCGGAUAAGAACGCUCAGCGGCACCUCAGCGGCUGGGCAAUGAGGAACACCAACAACCACAACUGCCAGAUCCUCAAGAAGUCCUGCCUGGGCGUGGUGGUGUGCGGCGGCAACUGUAACCUGCCCGGGGGAGGCAGGCUGCAGCUCAGGCCCGCCAUCUGCGACAAGGCCCGGCAGAAGCAGCAGAAGAAGAUUUGUCCGAACUGUAACUCAGGAUUGGAGUUGGUCCCCUGCCGAGGACACAGCGGAUAUCCAGUGACCAACUUCUGGCGACUUGAUGCCAAGGCCAUAUUCUUUCAGGCCAAAGGAGUCCAUGACCACCCGAGGCCGGAGAGCAAAGCGGAGACAGAAACCAGGAGGAGCGCUGUGAAAAGAUACCUGUCCUCCCCACACUUCACACACAAGAAGAGGCACAUGGAACCAGAGGCAAGUAGAUACCACGACAGUGGAGGCGUCUUCAACAGCCUCCACCACCUGCCCUGCAUGGAAGCCGCAGACAGAUACAGCUUGAUAGCCGGGGAGCCAAACUUUGCCGCCCCGGCACAUCACUGCCCGCCGUACCAAAGCGCAGAGGCGUACAAGCCCGCCUACGACCCAGCCGGCAGCGUGGGGGAAAUGGCCUCGCCUCUCCAGAAGGUCGCCUGCCACCCAAGGAUCUACCUGCCCCGGGGGUCCUGCGGCUACGAGUUUGCCGUUCCCGGCUACGUGGGCCCAGCCUCCUACCCGUCCCUGUACAAGGACGCCGCCGCCGCCGCCGCCACUGGUGGCGCUCAGCCCGAGGGGGACUCGGGGAAGAUGUGCGUGCAGCAUGGCGGACCCCAGCGGGGGAUGGGCCCCGCCGCCAGCGUCCACGACCGGAACUUUGACCUGGGCUGGAAGCAGCUGAUGAAAGGGGGUUAUGGGGUCGACAGGAACGAGUGCGGAAGCCUCACGCCCAGCAGCAACGGCCAUUACUACAACGGCGAAUUCCCGUGCAGGUUGGCCGGGGCCGGCUCGACCCCUCCGGCUCUGCAGACCAUCAUCACCACCACCACCAAGGUCUCCUACCAGACCUACAAGCCCAUGGGCAAGUUUGGAGACAGCGUCUGUGAUGUGAAGAGCCUACCGAACUGCAGCCGCUUGGCAGAGGCCACCAUUUACCCCGAGCCCAAGUACCACGAGGACAGUGGUGUGGUCAAGCCGUCUGCGGCCUACCAGCAGGAAGGACCCUCGAAGCCUGACCUGCUCGACGGGCUCGACAACUACAGAUACGGCAGCUGCUCCUCAAACCCCUACCCCGAGCGCCCAGUUCAUCCCUACAGAUACGACAGCGGGGAAUACUGAUGGAAGGCCCAACAAUUUUUUUUCCUCCCCCCCCCCAUCGUAACGUUUUUCGUGCGAAAUGGAGCCCAGUGAAGAUAGUCCGAGGGUCCCCAAUGAGGUGGAUGGCAGGUAGGGGCUGCUCUCUGGUUUGGUGAGAGGACGGCUCAGUUGCCUGAUGGCAGCUGGGAAGAAACGAUCCCUGAAUCUGGAGGUUCGUGUGAAACCUGAACCAUACUGUCAAGGACUGGAGAGAGGUCCUGACCCAUCAUCUGAAGAAGGAUCUUGACCCGAAACGUCAACUCUCCACAGAUGCUGCCUGACCCGCUGAGUUACUCCAGCACUCUGUGAAACGUCACCUAUCCAUGUUCUCCAUAGAUGCUGCCUGACCCGCUGAGUUACUCCAGCACUCUGUGAAACGUCACCUAUCCAUGUCCUCCAGAGAUGCUGCCUGACCCGCUGAGUUACUCCAGCAUUUUGUGUCUACCACCUACCUCAUUGGAGACCCUUGAGCUAUCUUCAAUCGGACUUUACUGGACUUUAUCUUGCACAAAACGUAAUUCCAUUUAUCCUGUAUCUGUACACUGUGGACAGCUUGAUUGUAAACUUGUAUAGUCUUUCCGCUGGCUGGGUAACACACAAAAACAUAUUUUCACUGUACCUCAGUACACGUGACAAUAAACGAAACAAAUUAUUUUAAUUGU